UGUCAGCUGAAGACUUGGAAAGGAGUGAGAGCUUCAAGCACUUUUCCUUGUGCUGGGUCAUCUGGCAGAGUGUGAGAGCUGGGAGGAUUGCAGUUGGUGCUUCCGAGAUGUCAGCAGAGCAGUAAAAAGGGGUUUUGGAUGCUGAUGGGGACUUGAACAGCUGUGAAACCUCUCUAGGGACUGGAACAAAGGGGAACCCAUGGAUGGUUUUUACUCCUCCGUGGAAGGAGAUGGGCAGGAUGUGAUCAAUGACACCAGUAGUAGGAAGAGCUGGGCAGAGGAAGGCAACUCCGAGUUGUCCUUCCGGGUGGUGACAGCAGCCUUACUCUUCCUUCUCAUCCUCACCACGCUCCUGGGUAACACGCUGGUGUGUGUGGCAGUGGUCAAGUUCAGACACUUGCGCUCUAAGAUCACCAAUUUCUUCGUUAUCUCCUUGGCAGUUUCUGAUCUCUUUGUGGCUGUACUGGUGAUGCCCUGGAAGGCUGCCACUGAGGUGGCUGGGUUCUGGCCCUUUGGGGCUUUCUGUGAUGUUUGGGUGGCUUUUGAUAUCAUGUGCUCCACAGCUUCUAUCCUCAAUUUGUGCAUCAUCAGCGUGGACCGUUACUGGGCCAUUUCGAACCCCUUCCGCUAUGAGAGGAAGAUGACGCAGCACGUGGCUUUCAUCAUGAUCGGAGUGGCUUGGCUACUGUCCCUCUUGAUAUCCUUCAUCCCUGUGCAGCUGAAGUGGCACAAGGAUCGUGAGCUCCUUAGCCAACAGGAGCCAGGUUUUAAUGUCACCGCGGAGGAGGAGAACUGUGAUGCCAGCCUCAACAGGACUUACGCCAUCUCAUCUUCUCUUGUUAGCUUCUACAUCCCUGUUGCCAUCAUGAUUGUAACGUACACCCGCAUCUUCCGCAUUGCCCAGCGGCAGAUCCGCAGGAUUUCCUCCCUGGAAAGGGCGGUGGAACAUGCCCAAAACUGCCACAGCAGCGACUGCCCUCACGAUGCUUCCCUGAAGAACUCCUUCAAGAAGGAGACUAAGGUCCUCAAGACCCUCUCUAUCAUCAUGGGCGUCUUUGUCUUUUGCUGGCUGCCCUUCUUCGUGCUCAACUGCAUGGUGCCCUUCUGUAAUCUCGACCUUCGUGAGCCAGGAGAGCUACCUUGUGUCAGCAAGACUGUCUUCAACAUCUUCGUCUGGUUCGGGUGGGCCAACUCUUCCCUCAAUCCUAUCAUCUAUGCCUUCAAUGCAGACUUUCGGAGAGCUUUUGCAACCAUCCUGGGCUGUGGCUGCCUUUGCCCCAGCAAUGCAGUGGAGACGGUGAACUUCAGCAAUGAGCUGGUCUCCUACCACCACGACACCACAUAUCAGAAGGAAGUGGUGACCCUCAGCUACCCCCAGCUUCUCCCUCAUGCUCUUCUGCAGACGGAAAACAACGAGGUGUCCUUUGACAAGGUUUCUCAGGUCUCUGAGCCCUCUCACAACACCUGCCCUGUGGAUGCCUUGCCUGCAGUCAUGCACGUGGAAUGUGAAAUGGCUGUCUCGCUGGAGAAGAUUACACCUUUCACCAGCAAUGCAUUCGAUUGAGACAGGGUUGGGAAAAGGGUGGUGGGAUGGUCUUGAGGAGAGAUGGAAGCAGGGACACUAUUGCAGUUGCCUAUUUUCUGAGGAGUUUGAGGAUAAUGUGGAUAUCGUGCACUCUGCCUGGGCACGAGUUUGCAUUAAUAAGUGUGUGGAAUAGCCAGAGUGAUUUUCCAGAUGGCUCGAGGGGUUUUGGAUACGUGUUUUUGUAACUCUCAGUUUCAGACCCAGCCCAAGUGGGCAGUAGAGAUCUCUCUUGCUGCUCUCUAGUUGACCCAUGGAAAAAUGCCUUCUGCAAAAGAUGAAAAUGCAAGGGCUCAAAUUCCACUUUCCUUGUGACUUCAGCUGAGAAAGCAAAGACUUGUGUGGUCUGCUGAGCCUCUCCAUAGUCAGUGAAGUAAAAACGCAGCUGUGCUUGUGGGGAGAGAGGCUGGUUUUGCCACUGCCUGUGUCCAAAAGGCCAUCAGCCCAAGGCUGCUAAAUGGACAUGAGCCAAAUGCAACUGCUUGCUUGGUGAUAACUGCUGCUGGCAGAACUAGAUAAUCCUGCCUUGUGCUCAGUGGGACAAUGCGUAGCAGCCUUUAGCUAGGGAAACCCACGUUCCUAGUGGGCUGUGCAGGAGGGAGGUGAUGGCCUUGCUAGGGUAACUCUCUUUAGGCUCACCUCUGACUGUCUCUCUUGCUCAGGCAAAUUAUCCUGCAGGUCUGGACAGGUAUGCAGCCACCUCUCCUGGAGCCCCAAGGCUGUGCUUGGUAGCAGCUUGUCUGGAGCGUGUUGUGGGGAAGGAUUUGGCAUGCUAAAGGUGUGCUCUGGCCCCUGGAGCAAGAGCCAGCCUCUCUAAGCUGGGAUAUGCACAGCUGAGGGCAGUCUAGGAUGAACACAAACUGUGUUUUAGCCCCAGGAUGUUGGACUGUUUGCUUGGAGCCUUUGGGAAUGAGGGCGUCUGAGCCCUUCAGACUCUGAGGAUAGAGGAGAAAAUCAGAUGUUAAAGCAAGAACAUUGCUGUUUUGGUUUCUGCGCCUCCACCACAUCAUCCAUCAGUCAGGUCCUCCUCCUUUGCCUAGACUGUUUCUUCUCCCUUUUACUUUGUUCUCCCUCUAAUUCCCUUCCUCCCCCAUUUCAUUCAGGAUCCUUCCCCACUGCCUCCCUUGCUGUCUCAUUUCAAUAAUAAUGGCUUUUUAAGAAGCACUCCUUGCUCACCUGUACUCUUUAAUUAGCCUCUCCUGUGCGUAUGGGAGCUUGUGUCUGGUUAGCUGGGGGUAGAAACAGCAAGUGAACAGCCCCCAGCAUUUCACUGCCGGCUGUGACACAGUGACUUUAGAAAGGUGUUUUGAUCGGUGCCUGGUUAAACACUGCAGCAGCAAGUGGCACAUCCACGUUGUCUUGAAUCUGAGACAUCUUUACCUCUCUGGCACAGCAGAAGAGCCUCUCCCCCUCCCCGGCAAAUGUUAACAAAAAGAAAAAUCAAAAAGUGAUAAUUACAGAGUAACGGUAAUUAUUAAAUAGAGCCCAAUUAUAGUCAAGUUACAGCAUAAUCAGCGUGGGAGGGGAGCAGAGCUUACCGUAUCUCCAAGGUCGAUGCUUGGAUUUUUCUAGGGAAGCACUGGUAAGACUCAACUUCAUGUAUAACCGUCUCUCCCUGUAGCAGUGGUGGCUAGCUGUCAAAACUGAGACAGUCUUGGGGCUUUUCAGCUCUGGGAGGACAGUACAGCCUAACUUAGAGAAGGAGUUGUUGUUCUGAGAUGGGCACAAUCAUCUGGUGUGUUUCUAGGAGGCCCAACGCAACUAAUUUCAUUUGAACGUUGCUGCAAUACAUAUAAUAAUUUCCCACGCUAAAAGCAGGGUGUUGUAGCAUGUGUAGUAUGGUUGUGCUUUACUUCGGGACUCCUGGCUUGGUGGUGAGAGAGAGAGUCAGAAUACCCAGCUUUUUUCAAAGCAGUACUGUCCUGGUCUCCCUGUUUUUGAAGAGUUUACUGAUACUCAAUCUUGUGGCAAAGUUCUGAGGCUUAAUGCAUGACUGUUUGUAAAGAGACUGGAGAAAAGCAAGCAGCUCAAUGUAUCACUGUUAUCUGUGAUAAGUUGCAGGGUGAACCUGCAAACAAAAGACAAUGGAGAGGGUGAUAUGAUCCUUUCUUUU